AUGGUCCUUCCUAGAUUGAUCCCCCGACUUUCUCGUUCGGCCUUCAAGGUGGCUCAGGCCAACAACCGAGUCUUCAACGCCCCCUUCCGAGGUAUGGCCUCUUCCGCCGGCGUCGGCUCUGGUAAGAUCAGAACCGUUAUUGGUGCCGUUGUCGAUGUCCAGUUCGAGCAGGAUAACCUCCCCGCUAUUCUUAACGCUCUGACCAUUGAUCGUGGUGAGGGUAACAAGCUCGUCCUCGAGGUUGCCCAGCAUCUCGGUGAGAACACCGUCCGAACCAUUGCCAUGGACGGUACUGAGGGUCUUGUCCGAGGCACCUCUGUCGCUGACACUGGUGCUCCCAUCACUAUCCCCGUCGGCCGAGGUACCCUUGGUCGAAUCAUCAACGUUUGUGGUGAGCCCAUUGACGAGCGAGGACCUAUCGAGGCUACUAAGUUCCUCCCCAUCCACGCCGACCCCCCUACCUUCGCUGAGCAGUCUACCACUGCUGAGGUUCUUGAGACCGGUAUUAAGGUCGUCGACCUCCUCGCCCCUUACGCUCGAGGUGGUAAGAUUGGUCUCUUCGGUGGUGCCGGUGUCGGUAAGACCGUUUUCAUCCAGGAGCUGAUUAACAACAUUGCUAAGGCCCAUGGUGGUUUCUCCGUUUUCUGCGGUGUCGGUGAGCGAACCCGAGAGGGUAACGAUCUUUACCGAGAGAUGAAGGAGACUGGUGUCAUCAACCUCGAGGGUGAGUCCAAGGUCACCCUCGUCUUCGGUCAGAUGAACGAGCCUCCCGGAGCCCGAGCCCGAGUCGCCCUUACUGGUCUGACCAUUGCCGAGUACUUCCGAGACGAGGAGGGUCAGGAUGUGUUGCUCUUCGUUGACAACAUUUUCCGAUUCACCCAGGCCGGUUCCGAGGUGUCCGCUCUGCUUGGUCGAAUUCCCUCCGCUGUCGGUUACCAGCCCACUCUGGCCACCGAUAUGGGUGCCCUCCAGGAGCGAAUUACCACCACCCAGAAGGGUUCCGUCACUUCCGUCCAGGCCGUCUACGUGCCCGCCGAUGAUCUGACUGAUCCUGCUCCCGCCACCACCUUCGCCCAUCUUGACGCCACCACCGUCCUGUCCCGAGGUAUUUCCGAGCUGGGUAUCUACCCCGCUGUCGACCCUCUUGAUUCCAAGUCUCGACUUCUGGAUAUCGAUGUUGUCGGCCAGGAGCACUACGACGUUGCUUCCAACGUCCAGCAGACCCUCCAGGCUUACAAGUCUCUCCAGGAUAUCAUUGCCAUUCUUGGUAUGGAUGAGCUUUCCGAGCAGGACAAGCUGACCGUCGAGCGAGCUCGAAAGAUCCAGCGAUUCCUGUCUCAGCCCUUCACCGUCGCCGAGGUUUUCACCGGUAUUGAGGGACGACUUGUCUCUCUUAAGGACACUGUCCGAUCUUUCAAGGAGAUUCUUGACGGUAAGCACGAUGCUCUCCCUGAGGCCGCUUUCUACAUGGUCGGCGGUAUCGAGGAGGUUGUCGCCAAGGCCGAGAAGCUUGCUGCUGAGUCCAAGUAA